AUAUAUACAUAUAUAAGAUAGAUAUAUAGAUAGAUAUGGAUCAUAAUCGUCCUCUUCCUCCUCCCUUUCGAGAUCUUCAGCUCCAUCACUCUCCUUUUCAAUUCCAAAACCACCACCACCAAAACCCUCCCUCGGCCAACUCCGACGAUGAAAACAGCGGCAGCGGCGGCGGUGGAGUCGGCCAGAAACGCGAUCGAGGCGACGACAGCAGCAACACCGCCACCACCCCUUCCGGAGGAGAGGUUUCUAGAAGGCCAAGAGGAAGACCAGCUGGAUCAAAGAACAAACCUAAGCCGCCGAUUAUAAUCACUAGAGAUAGCCCUAACGCUCUAAGAAGCCAUGUGAUGGAGAUCGCAAACGGAUGCGAUAUAAUCGAGAGCGUUUCGGUUUUUGCGACCAGGCGUCAAAGAGGGGUUUGUCUACUUAGCGGAAAUGGUACUGUCGCGAACGUAACCUUGAAACAACCAGCUACUCCUGGCGCGGUCGUGUCUUUGCAUGGUCGGUUCGAGAUUCUUUCCCUCUCAGGAUCGUUUUUACCACCGCCAGCUCCGCCGGCCGCGUCAAGUUUGACGAUAUAUCUAGCCGGCGGACAGGGUCAAGUGGUGGGAGGAACGGUUGUCGGACCAUUAAUUGCGGCAGGACCGGUCAUUAUCAUGGCGGCUUCAUUUGGAAACGCAGCUUAUGAGAGGCUUCCAUUGGAAGAGGAGGAGGUUGCAUUACCUCUUCCAUCUCCUCCGACAGGAACAUCAAUCGAACAGAACCAGCAACAAAACCAGAAUCAACAACAACAACAGAUAAUGAAUGAAGGGAAUGCAUCGUCUUUAAUGAAUCAUGGGUUACCUCAAAAUCUACUAAAUUCAUGCCAAAUGCCAGCUGAAGCUUUCUGGGCAACAGGUCGACCUCCCUUUUGA